GCGUUUAUGUUUAAUCGUCCAAGGAAGGUAAUGGAAUCCGAUAUAUGUUUAUUGUGCUUAGAGCACAAGGAGCGCCUGAAAGUGCCUCGCAAAGUAUUCGAAACAACUGUUAUCAACACUAUUAUCCGGCACUUUUGGUUCGCCCCAGAAGAUGCAGAGAAACAUUCUGUUUGUAACGAUUGCUGGCAACAAGUGAACGAGUUUGAUAAGUUUUACAAAACAGUGGAGAUGUUACAUGAGUAUCGAGUAUCGAGUAUCAAGGUUUCUGCAGAAUGCGCCAAACCAUCGUUCAGUGUGCUAGAACCGGAAGUAGGGCGCUGCACAUCCUGGUAUAAGGAAUUUCAUACAGAGCAAUCACCUGACAAAAUCAGUGUUUUUGAUGCCGUCUUAGUGGAAGAGGAAGAGUCGCAAAUCGAUCAAUUUGACGAUCCAGGUGAUAUGGGCUUAAAUCAACCACUGGACAAUACUACGGAUACCAAGAAAACAAACGGUACACUCGGUAGUAAUUUCGAUGUUGUUCAGUCAAAAGAAAAGCAAGAGCAAGAGUUGCAAAUCGAUCAGUUAGACGAUGAAGAUGAUUUAGAUUUCGAAGAUAAAGCAGAUGAUAGCACGAGCAUUGAAGUUCAUGAAAACGCUUGGUUAAAGAUAAGUGUAUUAAAUGUUCCAACUAAUUCGUUGUACGAAGAAGAUUCGCAUUCAGAACAUUCGGUUUGUCUCACGGAUGCUGAUAGUAAGACAUCCGAUUCCGACAGUGAAAAAAUACUGAACAAAUAUGAUGAACCAGCUACCGAAAAGCAAACCCGUGCACCGGGAAGCGAACCCUACAUAUGUAAAACCUGUAGUAAAACUUUUGUGAAACAAUUUCAACUGGAUGCUCACGAACAAUUUUGCAAACGUUACAUCUGCAAGGACUGUGAGCUUGUGUUCUUCAAUUUGAAAGAACUGAUUUCGCACCGAAAACAUCAUAAUCCACCGAAAAGAAAGGACCCUGACCAAGACCGAGAAAUUUAUCAAUGUACGGACUGCUCGAAAUGUUUUCCAUCCGAAGUAGCUGUGGAUAGGCACAUCGCAUACGUCCAUUAUCCAACGACGCUGUACAUGUGCGAAUUUUGUUCGAAAUCUUUCAAAGAUAAAUCAUAUUACAACAUUCACAGAAAAUUAAUACACUUGAAGCAGUGGACGCCAGUAGAGUGCAAAACUUGUGGCAAGUGGCUAAAAGAUACUAGUUACUUAUCCACCCAUAUGAGGUUGUCUCAUACAACCAGGAACUGGCCGUGUAACAGAUGUGGAAAGGAUUUCUUGACCCAUGUGAAUCUACAAUCGCACAUCCGCGCCAGUCACAAGGAAAGGAAUUUUCCGUGCAACGUCUGCGGAAAAUGUUUUUUCGUUAAAUCAAGUUUAAAGGAACAUUUGACCUCGCAUACCGGUGGGUAUCUCUAUACCUGUUCACACUGUCCAAAGAGGUUCAACUCGUACGCUAAUAUGAUUUCGCACAAGAAAAAAAUGCAUUUUUUGGAGUGGAAAAAAGAACGUGAACAGUAUCGAAAUCGAUAUAAUCCAACCCACAUAGCUGAAGGAGCUGAAAAAGUGGAAUAUCAGGAAUGCUUAGAGUUGGAAGCAAAAACGCCUGAAGCAGGAAAAACAUUGUUGUGAUGACUUUGUGAGGAGCGAGCCACAAGACCAAGAGACAGUUUAUCCCGAAAUUAGCCACGAAAAAAUCGAAUAGAAUUAAGGUUAAAUAAAUGCAAUACAUUGCAUAUAAAUCAGCAAA